UUUGUUACAGGGACUGCUGACCUUCAGGGAUGUGGCCAUAGAAUUCUCCGAGGAGGAGUGGGGACGCCUGACCCACACUCAGCGGCAACUGUACAGGGACAUGAUGUUAGAGAACUAUGGACAUCUCCAUUUCUUGGGUCUCCUCCUGUCAAAGCCAGACCUGAUCAUGUUUUUGGAACAAGAAAAGCAGCUCUGGGAUGUGAAGAGAAAGGAGUCCAGAGGCUUCCAUCCAGCUCUAUCUUCACAUGAGACUCAGAGUUUUCUGCUAAAGCGGAGCACAGAAGGUUCUUUCCAGAAAGUGUCAGUGCACAGAUACAAACAUAGUGCUGUUGAGAUUUUACACUUACGCACAGACUAGGACAGUGAUGGGGAGAGUGAAGGGCAUCAGAGAAAUCCCGGACGAUACACGCAAACCAAGGCAAUUGCCCUUAAUGAGAAUCUCACUGCCCCAAAUGGUGAAGGAAAUAAAGUGCUGUGGAAAACCUCGCUUUUUAAGUCAACUGUUUCUGCAGAGCAG